GAGAGUUCGUUGUUUUUAAUUUCUUAAUUGACAAAUAAUGAAUUACAAGGAUGAUUUUAAUGUCUUCGUGGGUGGCCAGUCAGGUGUAUUCAAAGGCAUCAAGGUUAAGGAGAAAUCGUGCCUCACAAAAAACAUACAGAACCUAGUGUCCAUAACUGAUCACCACCAGGUAACCUUUAUGACGUGGAGCGACAACGAUGAGAAGGAAAUUCUUUUGGCGUGUGGAUCAAAAGAUACGAGGAGCGUCAAGACCUUCGACACGGAAUAUCACUCGUUCAAAACCUCGUUUGUUUGCGACAUUGGCAAAGGACCCAUUACUGGUAUUGCCAAGUGCAACAAUCACAUUCUGACUGCUGUUCAAUCUGGUCAGAUCAAACUGUGGACGCACAAUGAUAAUUUGGGAGAGCAGCUGCUGCUGGAGGCUGGUGAAGGAUUAUGUCGUAUGCGGCAAGCUAGAAAGGAAAAAACUGUCAUCGCCACUGGAGGUCUGGAGAAUCCGCUGAAGUUGUUCAAUUUGGAGAAAAAGGCCAACACUUUUACUGCGAAGAAUGUAAGACACGAUUGGUUGGAAAUGAGAGUACCCGUAAGCAUUUCGGACUUGUGCUUUAUGUCCGAUGAUAGACAAGUGUUAACUGUGGGGAAAUAUGGUCAUAUACGUCUUUACGAUACAAAUGCUCAGAGGAGGCCUGUGUUGGAUGUUGAAAUGAAAGACGAAGCAGUGACUAGUGUGACUUCCUGUUUUCACGAUUUCCAAGUCGUUUGUGGAACAGGUAAGGGAAAAAUGAACUUGGUAGACUUACGUAAGACCGGUAAAAUUUUAAAUUCAUACAAGGGUCCUGUUGGAGCAGUUACUGCUUUAGCAGUUAGUAAAAGUGAACCUUACGUUGUUAGUGUCAGUUAUGACAGGCACUUGUAUGUUCAUGACUUAUCCACAAAAAAACUGUUGAAAAAAGUCUAUCUGACAUCCAAGUUGUCAGGAAUGGUGCUGCGGUCAGAAUUUUCAAUGAAAGAAGUUGAAAAAGAAGAAGAUAAUGAAAUAGAAAUGUGCGAAGUUAAAAGUGAUUCCGAAUCUGAAGAUUCUGAUAUAGAAUUUAGUGAUUAGACAUGAUUGACAUUGCAGUGUUGGCUACGUUUUAUUGAUCAAUGAAAUAUAGUGUACCAAACAAUUUUGUUAUAAAUAUAAGAUUCUUUCGAGACUUAUACUUGUUUUUAUCAUAACAAAUUUGUAAAAUAUCGA